GACCGCAACAAUUUGUACCAAGGUGAGGCUUCAGGCUCGAUCUUGCUCCUCUUUGUUCGGGACGCACUGCAGCACCGAGGCAAGCUGCUCAACAGCAUCCCAGUAUUGUUUCCAGCUACCAACAAGCCUCCACCCUGCGGACACGAGUCCUCAUCCGCUCCGACCAGCAUCAUUUCUUCGAAGCUAGCCUGCAACGCGAUUUGAAAUAACAUUGGAUAGACAAAAUGUCGUCAAUAACUCCCAAUUCGUCUCUGUAUGUCAAGAAUAUCAACAACAAAGUGAAAAAGGCAGAGCUGCGCUCCCAACUCUACGCACUGUUCAAUGCCUAUGGUCGCAUCAUUGAUGUAGUCGCAACACGGUCCAAGGGCAUGUCGGGCCAGGCGUUCAUAGUGUUUGCCGACUUGGCGAGCGCGACCGCCGCACUGCGCAGUCUGAACGGGUUUGAAUUCUACGACAAGCAGCUGCGGAUUGACUAUGCGCAGACAAAGUCACGAGCCACAAUCAUCCAUGAGCUCGGGCACGAGGCGCUGUUCGACGCGAAAAUUCUCGCGACGACCAAGAAGAGCGGCAGCGAAGGCUCUGGCUCUGCCUCAGCCGCUGGCGGGCGCGUGACAUUCUCGAGUGCACAGGGGAAGGGAAAAGCGGGUGCAAAAAAGCGAGGGCGGGACGAAGAUGACAGUGGUGAAGAAGAGGACGAAGAUGACGAAGGCGACGACGUGGACGAGAGCCGAUCACGACGAAAAGCGCAAAAAACCGAGGACGAUGGAAAAGAAGAUGAAGGGAGCGAUGACGGCGAAGCGAUGCAAAUGGUGGACGAAGAUGAGGAUGCAGAUGACGCCGGUGUGGCGCUCGGUCCGCCGCUACCUGAAGCAGGAGGUGUGCCGAACGACACGCUUUACUGCCCAGACCUACCGGAUGAUGUGACAGACGAGAUGCUAGGCGUGCUUUUCGGGCAAUACCCGGGUCUUUCGAGCGUCUCGAUCGAAGAACCUGCCGCAUCAGCAGUCCCAACCGGCGGGAGGAGGACCAAGAAGGCAGUGGCAGCGGUCAAGUACGCAUUCGUCAAGUAUGAGAGAAUGCAGCAAGCGACCAAAGCCAAAGAUGCGUUGCAUCAGUUCAAGUUGGCACCGAAGAAGGUGCUGUCUGUGCAUUAUGCUAAAAGGGGCUGAUUAGCGUCACAUUGUUUCGUUACGGACGUACAUACAUCCACAACCACAGGCAUUGCCCUUCAUGAAGAUUACGCAUGUUUUUUCUGGUGAAAUGAGCUUACUUAGCAUUGGGGUGCAGGCAAGGAACAGACUGCAAGGCUAGAUGGGCUCGCCAACAAGGCUCUAUGUAUUACAUUAAAGCAUCGCUCUAUAAGGUGCUAAGUUGUUGCUG